AGGGAACACAGAUUCCAAAAUGGAAAAAAUUGGGGAAAUUCUUUAAAUAAAAAAAAGAAACCUUUAAUUUCUAGAUAAUUCAUAAACCCCAGGAAGUUAAAGAGGAUGUACUUUGAUUUUCUUUUUUUUGCGUGCCUGUAAACUGAACCAUCAGAUGUGACCUGCUCCUCUUGAGACAAACUGAGAAAGCAUCACAGGUGAACCCUCCUCAGAACCUCUAAGAACUUCACACCUCAUACAUGUGAAGUACGAGAGAUGGAGUCUAAGAAUGGAGAAUCUAUUUCAGUGAGCCACUCACAUGAGCCCUGAAAUCUAUAUAUCUGCCCUCUUUCAUCCCCUUGAGUCACACACCAGGGGACUCUUGAGCAUUGAAACCUCACUUUUAAAGACCUAACAAGGAGGAACUAGGAACUUCUAUCAUGUCUGGAAACCCUUCGAAACCUAAGCCAAAAAUCUCUGCAUCCCGCAGAUUGUUCUUAAAGACCAAACUGUUAAAGAAGGCAAUGACUAUGCUGGAGAAUGAAAAGCAAGCCAGAAUAGCUGAUAAACAGAGGAUCCUUGACGAAAGACACCCAACCCUCCAACUGUCAGGCCUUUCGAUGCAGGACCUACAGAAUAUUUGCAAAGAGAUCCACCAAAAAAUUGACAAGGUCGAUGAAGAGCGCUACGACAUUGCUAGCAAAGUGGCAAUAAAUGAGAAAGAGAUACAGAACUUGUCUCAAAAGGUCUUUGAGCUGAAGGGCAAGAUGAAGAGACCGAACCUGAGGAAGGUGAGGGUGUCUGCAGGAGCCAUGCUGGGAGCCUUGCUGGGGGCGAAGGUAAAAGAGUCAGUGGACUUCAAGGCCAACCUAAAGACCGUGAAGAAAGAGGAGGAAAAGAAAGAAGAAGUCACUGACUGGCGUAAGAACGUGGACGCCAUGUCUGGGAUGGAGGGAAGAAAGAAGCUGUUUGAUGCUGCCCAGUAGGUUUGUGAUCAAUGUCACUUUGAUCACUGCCGUAAAUUAAGAAAAGUAUAAAUGCUGACACUGCUUGGGUUUGCAAGUGACAAAGGUGACAAUGAAAACUUUGGGAUCAUUUUUGUUGGAUACACAUGAUUGUAUCAUCUGUCUCUGCUCCACUUAAGUAAUAUUACCUCACUAUUUCACCCCACCUCUUCUUUGUCUUCUUUGUCGUCAUUGACUUCAAGAAGAAAAAUCUAUACAUUUAAAACAGUCUUAAGAUCGUCCUAAAAAUCUUAUUCUCCUUUAAUUUUGGGGGGGGGACUGAAAGGACAGUGCAUAUUUAUUUUUUAUAACAGUUCAGGCUGUGACUAGCCGAUCAUGUUUCAACACUGAGGUGCUUACCCUUGAAAUUAUAUGGAAAAUGAUUGUGCAUUUUUGGAGAUAAACCAAUCUUAUGAUCUCUGUCUAAAAGUACAUGUGAAACAUAUUCAGAAUGCUAUUGUUUUUAUUGAGGACACUUACAAAAUAUCAGUAUAUCCUCAAAAAUACUUGUAGUACCUUCACUGUAUUUUCAAGGAGUCUUACAUAAAAUGCUUUAAUUCACACAUUAGAACUGUUUUAUAACAAUAUGUCCAACAUUGUUGUAGGAAAACCAGUUUUUUGCUCUCUACAAAAACCUUAAUAAAUCACAUCCUUAUUUCUGU